GGCGAUCCGCGCCAGUUAAGACUGGGCAUUCGAAGUGACCGUGCGUAGCAAAAAAAAAACAAAACAGCCAUCAAACAAUUUCCUUACUUGCUUUCCGGCGACAUCGAUCAAAUUAGGUGGGAAUGUAUAGUAUUUUAGGAAAGCUGCAUUCGAGACCAGUCGCGAGGCCCCACGAGUAACAGACAUCCAAGUUCAGAUUCGAAAGUUUUCGGCAACUUCGAAUUGUCUUCACUCAAAUUUUACGACCUACAUUAGGUUUCCUCUUAUUGUACAAUUUAUAUUAAAUACGGGCACGAUAGGUUCCCUCCUCGAUUAUAUCGAUAUACAUAUAGGUAGAAUCGCAAGAAACGGAAAUGGAGACGAAAUCGGAAAACUGCACCGACAAUGGCAAGCUGGAGAAAGGAAAAGACCUAGAGAUGGAGGAAGUUCCAACUAACACUGGUCCAAGGUUCGGUGCGAGACACACGCAGGUAAUACUGCUGUUCCUAUUGGUAACCAUAGCAUACGCGAUCCGAGUGAACCUUUCGGUGGGUAUCGUCGCCAUGACUUCGGAUCACGGACCUCCUGGAAUACCUACUUACGAUUGGGACGACACCAAUGUUAUAUUGUCAUCCUUCUUCUGGGGUUAUGUGAUUCCGCAAAUUGGUGCCGGACAACUGGCUAAAAACUUCGGACCCAGGUAUAUAUUGAUCAGCGCGAUGUCUCUUUGCUCGAUGUUCUCCAUCUUGAUCCCAUUUAUGGCAAGUUUGGGCUCGUACGGUGUCAUGAUCUGCAGGGUUUUCCAAGGUUUCGGCCAAGGGUUCUUUUACCCGUGCGCUCACAACAUUUUGAGCAAAUGGGUGCCGUUGGGCGAGAGAACGCGAAUGGGAACCUUCGUAUAUGCAGGUGGACCUUUCGGUACGGUGAUUUCUAAUCCGGUGACCGCCUGGAUCUGUGACAGCGUGAUUGGUUGGCCUGCGGCUUUUUAUAUCUUCGGGGGCGUUGGUUUCCUCUGGGUCAUAUGUUAUGCCAUUCUGGGGUCGAACACCGUGGAAGAUCACAAAUCGAUCACCGACGAAGAAAAGAACUACAUCAAGGGAACGCUGAAACAGAACGAAGUAGAUCACAGCGAAAUUCCGACUCCCUGGAAGGACAUGUUUAUGUCGAUGCCGAUGUGGGCAAUCCUUAUCGCCCAUUGUGGCCAAAACUGGGGCUUCUGGACGCUUCUCACUCAAAUCCCCAAAUACAUGGACAAAAUCUUAGGCUUUAAUUUGAAUGCUAACGGUUUGCUAUCGGCCGUCCCGUACUUGGCGCUUUGGAUUUUGAGUUUCGUCUUCGGGGCUUUGUCCGAUCUGUUUAUCAACAAGGGGGUAGUAUCAGUGGGAACUGCAAGGAAAGUGACGACAUCCAUAGGCCUCUUCGGUCCAGCCUUAGCUCUUCUUGGUUUAGGCUUCGUCAGCACUGAAGACCCGCUGGCGCCCAUCGUUCUCCUAGUCGUUGCAGUCGGUAUAAACUCCGCAACUUACUGUGGUUACCAAGUGAACCAUAUAGACUUAUCGCCAAACCAUGCUGGAACUCUUAUGGGCAUUACGAAUGGAGCGGCCAAUAUAUUUUCCAUCAUCGCACCGCUUUCCGUUCAGUUCAUCGUACCCAACGAGUAUGACGCAGAUCAAUGGAAGGUCGUGUUCUUCCUCUCUGCUGGUAUUUACAUCAUCUGCGCCAUUUUUUACUUGAUCUUCGGAUCCGGCGAACGUCAAAAAUGGGAUGAUUUCCAGCCCAUAGAACCAGUGAAAGAAGCGAUGGAAGAUAAAGAGGAAAAAGUCGAGAAGUUCUAAAAAUCAUGCUGAUCUUUAUAUUUUUCAUAUCUUCAAUAUUUGUUCAAUUUUAUGAAUGUGA